GGGACGACGACGCGGCGCGCGACUCGCACUCCCAGCAGUUGCGCAUAUGGGGAUCGCCGUGGUGGGUCAUGUCGUUCGGCCUCGCGUGCAACUGCGACGUUAAGCACAUGCAGAUGUUGGACGUGGGCGAGGACGGCGUGAGCAACGGCCUGCGCGAGCUGCUGCGGGUCUUCGGCCUGCUCAUGGGCCUGUCCUGGGAGGCCUGCUUCGUGACGGCCGUGGAGGACAUCUCCGAGGGGCACACGAAGCACCAGCGCACCUUCAUCAUCUCGGGUAUCACCCUCGCGCUGGGCCUGGUCGUGGUGCCUGCCUGGGCGCUGUACAUUCUGCCAAAGGUCCUGGAGGCAGAGGAGGAAGAAGAGGCGCGCAGGAACGAAGUCGAGGAGGCGUACGUCUACCAAGGCGCCGUGGAGUGAGGCGGUCACUCCGGGUGCCCUCCAUCUCUCUCACGCGCUCCUCCUCGCCUCCUCCUCGCCUGCCCCUCUCUCCUCUCCUGUCGCGCGCUUCCCCCCUCGGCGGGGGCCGCGCGACUUGUUUUUUAUUCGGGCGCUCCCGCCGCUUCCGCCCGUGCCCAGGGACCACCGCUCCUCAGAAGGCCCCACGGGGCGCUCGCGCCGGGGCGGUGGCCUCCUGCGACGGCCGCCCUCGGGACGGGCCGCUCCCGCCACCGAGGCGGGGGGGCCACGCGCCGGGACAAAGGUGCCCGGCCCCCGGCCGCCGCUGACGGCAGGCCGCCCCGAGGGCCUGGAGGGGCGGGGGCGCCCUCCUCCUCCUCGCCUCCCCCUCGCCUCCUCCUCGCCCUCCUCGCCCGCCUCCUCCUCCUCCUCCUCCUCC